ACAGACUCUGUAGCUCAGCGUUCAGGCAUGUGCCCCACCUCUCUACAUGUUUGUUAAUCAGCCUGAUGCUGGAGGAGCUCAGUGAGACAGGACAGCCUGGCCAGUCGCCAUAGAGGAGGCACCGAGGUGUGCACACUGACCUCUCCCCUCCGGCUACAGGACAAGGUUCACACAGAGCAGGGAGACGGCGCAGCAAGAUGUGGAAGCAGCUCCUGGAUAACGGCAGGUCGGCCUUCAAUGAGCACUGGCCUCACAGCCUCCUGGUCCCGGCCGCUGUCGGCUUAGGGGGUGCCCUGCUUUGCUGGAAGCUACAUGGGCAGAAAAUAAAAACACUGGAACUGGGAGAAGGCUGGUGGGGUCCUGGGGAGAAAUCUCUAGUCCGUAAUGAGGACACGCGGGUGCGACCUUUCGUCAUUGAAGCCGCCGAUGCUGACAUUAAGGAUCUUCAUGAUCGCCUGGAUCAAACUCGAUUCUUCUCACCACUGGAAGACUCAAAUUUUAACUAUGGUUUUAAUUCUAAUCACCUAAAGACAGUUAUCUCCUACUGGAGAAACCAGUUUGAUUGGCACAAGCAAGUAAAGAUCCUCAAUACUUACCCCCACUACCGGACCUCUAUAGAAGGUCUGGAAGUACAUUUCAUCCACGUGAAGCCUUCACAUCUUGCACCUGGACAGAAGGCCCGCCCUCUGCUCAUGGUCCAUGGUUGGCCCGGCUCCUUUUAUGAGUUCUAUCGUAUUAUUCCACUCCUGACAGAACCAGGCAAACAUGGUAUGAACCCCAACAUUGUCUUUGAGGUCAUCUGUCCAUCAAUACCGGGCUACGGCUUUUCCGAGGCAUCACACAAGAAGGGCUUCAAUGCUUUUGCUGCUGCCCGGAUUUUCUACAAGUUGAUGUUGCGACUUGGAUUCAGGGAAUUUUAUCUGCAAGGUGGAGAUUGGGGAAGUAGGAUUACUACAAUCUUGUCUCAGAUGAAGCCAGAGUCAGUUAAGGGCUUACACCUGAACUUUGUGAUGCUUCCAAUGGUGCUUGGAAGGCUGAAAUCUCUGCUUAUUGGUCGCUAUGCACCCUGGUUAGUGGGGAUGACAAGAGAAGAUGUCCAACGCCUAUAUCCUUACAUGAAGAAGAACGUGUAUGGAAUUUUACUGGAGAGUGGUUACUUGCACAUACAGGCGACCAAACCCGACACAGUAGGCUCAGCUCUGAACGACUCUCCCGCUGGACUUGCUGCCUACAUUCUUGAGAAAUUCUCCACUUGGACGGACAAUUCAUUCCGGGACCUAGAAGAAGGAGGCCUGGAGAGGAAAUACUCUUUGGAUGAUCUCUUAACCAAUGUGAUGAUCUACUGGGUGACUGGAUCCAUAGCGUCCUCCAUGAGAUUCUACAAGGAGAACUUCUCACAGUAUUACACGAGUAUGCCGGAUUACAAGAUUGGAGUGCAUGUGCCCACCGGUAUUGCUGCUUUCCCCUGCGAGUUGGUGCAUGUGCCCCGGGUAUGGGCAAAGCAGAAAUUCUACAACAUUGUCAGCUACACGUACAUGCCGCGUGGCGGACACUUUGCUGCCUUCGAGGAACCUGAACUCCUGGCCUGCGACAUCCAGAGUUUUGUGUCAAAAGUCGAGAAAAUGUAAAAAAAUAUAAAAUUGUAUUGUGUUACAUUAUGCAUACACCGUAUAGAAAAUACAGAUUGGUCUCACUGGUAA